AUGCAAGGGGUGUGUAGGGAGGAGCAAGAGAGGGAUAGUGGUCGGUGGGGCAGUGGAGGAGAGGUGGACGAAAAGAAGCGUGUUCAUGCUAGUUCCCCGCACCCUGUGACUUUUGAGUCGACUCAAAAGUCACGUGGAGGAGAGGUGGACGACAGGAAGCGUGUUCAUGCUAGUUCCCCGCACCUGUGUGCUUGCGUGCAGGCCUCUCUUCCGUUAGGAACGAGCGUGGCAGUGGCAGCAGUGGUGGGGGGUGCAGCAGCAGCGUCCGCAUGCCUGUGGUUCUACUCCUCGCGAUAUGUGGGGGAGAUGGCUCUCAUCAAGGCACCUGCUGCUGCUGCUGCUGCUGCUGCUGCUGCUGCUGCUGCUGCUGCUGCUGCUGCUGCUGCUGCUGCUGGGAAUGGGGAUGGAAAUGGGCAGCAGUGGAGGGUGUGUAUCAGCACGCUUGACUUCUGGGGCAACAGAGACGUGAGUGGGCAGUGGUGGUGGGGAGGGGUGCAGCAGCGUCUGCAUGGAGUGCCGCCCCUUCAGAUUCUAUCCCAGCAGCACCUAAAUGCAUUGCUUGCGCGUGCCUCACCUCCCUCCCUUCAUCCUCUUGCUUCCUCCUACCUCCCCUUCCCACCCCUCUCCCUCCGCCCCUCACAGUGCCCUGGUGCCGCCACUCAAGGGUCUAUCCCAGCAGCACCUUAA